AUGUCACGACGGAACUACAUAGGCCAAUGGAUUACCGGUUUAGCAGUGGUAUCCACUUUUAUUGCAUUCCAUCUAUUAUUUCCAUCGUCAGAAAUCCUCGAGGAUUCAAGUUCAUACCCAGGGAUUGGUUCAUUUCGCAGUGAGAAAUGGUCUCAGCAACAGAAGCAUGAGAAACCCCUGCGUGUUGCUAAAUAUUACAACAGCGAUGCGUCCUUAGACAUACCAUACCUGGAGAAAAUCAAUAAGUUCUGGCAUGUUAGAGGUUCAACCCAAAUCAAAAAUUGGGAUGAAAUAAAACUCACACGUAGUGGAGAAAGAGAACGCUCGGGGUUAGUACUGUCAAAUGGUAUUGGUGAUAAUACCAUCGAUGAUUUUGAAGUAGUAGUUGAAUUCGCUAUAGAUCUUUCAGAUAGGACAAAACUUCAUGGAGAUGGUAUGGCAAUUGUAAUUACAUCCCUUCAGGAAUAUAUGACCGCAGAUCUACAUUCAUCAUAUGCGAAAAAGCAGUUUUAUCUGAACCAUGGUAUAGAGCUAGACAACAACGAGCUGAUGGGGUUCCCUCGUAAUAUUCCCGGUCUUUCAGUAGUGAUAGAUACUUACAAGAACUCUGCCAACACGAAGUAUAAGCCUCCGUUCAUUUCUGCGUUUAUUAAUGAUGAUGUCAAACAACAGUACUAUGAUAUUAAGAGUGACGGUGUGGAUUCCACAUGCAGGCAUUUAGCCUCGCAAGAGAUGCUUUCAGUAAUUGAUACGAGUAGAGUAAGGAUUAUAUACCUCGAAAGUGUUGGAUUUUUGAAAAUAGAUAUUGACUACGGCUUUCAAGACCACUGGACCCAGCUGUUCAAGCAGGAAAAAGGUGUACAACUACCCAAACAUCCGCGUACUGGAGAAAGAUUCAUAGGAGUUGGUGCACGUAACGGAGAAUUGACCCAGACGGUUAUACUGCACCGUGUUCAUACUUACGAAUAUCACUGGACUCACGACCAAGAGGAUAACAAAGAGGAUACUUUUGAUUAUGUAGAGGAGAUUACACGAUACCUAAAAUGGGAGCUAGGCGAAGUGGUCAAGAUGGAAGAAGAUGAAUAUACCCGAUGGUCGUUAAUCCGAGGGCAAAUGUAUGAUGCAGAUUUUAAGGAAGACGAGGCGCCUAAAAGGGUUUCAUAUCUUUUUAGAACAAUAAAAUUUUUGAAGCGAUCCUUAGUUUGGCUCGGAAUGGCAACUAUAGCAUACCUCAUCUCAGUAUAUCUGAGAGUAAUCCUAAGAAAGAAAGGUUUUUUGAGAGGCAGGAUGAAAGGUCGAGAAUUUCCUGUGGGCAUUCUGGGCAAGUAA